CCAUUCAAACAGUUUCAUGUUCUGGGCUUAUAAGUGUUGUUGAAUAAUAUUAUACUUAUCAUUUGAAUUCAUUAUGAUAUAUACAAAAUCAGAAUCCGAUAUAACAAGUUUAGCCCCAUCAUCUCCAUCUAGAUCUCCAAAACGACAGCUUUACUACGUUCAAAGUCCUUCCAUGAAUUCUCAAGAUGGAGAUAAAGCUACUUCAAUGCAAGCCAUUACACCCAAUUACAACAGUCCAAUGGAAUCCCCAUCUCACCAUUCCUUCGGCCGACAUUCUCGAAACUCAUCGGCCAGUCUCUUUUCUGGUUUUUUCCGUUCUUCAUCUGGAAGGAAGAUGAAUAGUGGUCGGAAGAGAUUCAAUGAUAAGGGUUGGCCUGAAUGUAAUGUUAUAAUGGAAGAAGGAAAAUAUGAUGAGUUUGAAAAAGACAAAGCUUUUACUAGGAGAUGUCAAGCGAUUAUGGCGUUUUUUAGUUUCCUUAUCCUUUUUACUGUUUUCUGUCUCAUUAUUUGGGGUGCCAGUAGACCUUACAAGCCUCAAGUCUCCAUCAAGAGUUUGGUGGUGAAUAAUAUCUAUAUGGGUCAGGGUUCGGAUUCAACCGGAGUUCUAACAAAGAUGAUCACAAUGAAUGGAACAUUGAAGAUUAGCGUUUAUAAUGCGGCUACAUUCUUCGGCGUUCAUGUCUCAUCUUCACCCGUUAAGCUUCUCUACUCAGAUAUCACGGUCGCAAGUGGUCAGGUGAAGAAGUAUUUUCAACCGAGAAAGAGUAUGAGAAUUGUGAUGAUAAAUAUUGAAGGGACUAAGGUUCCUUUAUAUGGAGCCGGGUCUAGUUUACCAGCUUCAACAAAUAAUGGGAUUCAAGUAGGUUUGAUGUUGGAAUUUGAAAUUAGGACAAGAGGGAAUGUUGUCGGGAAAUUGGUGACCACGAACCAUAAGAGGAAGGUUUCAUGUCCGGUUGAUAUAGAUUCUACCACCAACAAACCAAUCGAAUUCGAUAUCAAGAACAAUAACACUUGCUCCUACACAUGAUUGAUGAUUGAAUUCUAGACCCUACUUUAUAUAUAUCAUUCUAUGAAGAAUUCAUGCCUAAACAAAUUUAUAUUUAGGUAUGGUUAUAUGUCUUUCACUUUUAUUUUAUACCAAAUAAUUAAUAAAUUUGAUGCCUAAUACAGUUUUGGUGUAGCUUGUUUUGAUAAUUUGAGAUUUUGUUGGGUGUUUUGAAGAUAGACAUAAAAGUAAGUUAUUUUAGGUUUUAAUUGAUUAAAUUAUUGUAAUAUUAAUUUGCAUUUAAAAAAAAAUAUUUUUUACUGAA